GUUUCAUUUCCACGUGACUAAUUAUCUCAAAUAUAAUAUAAACAAACCGAUAAUAAGCCGUCUCGUGUCAGUCGCUCGCUAGACUUUGAACCGAAAAUGUCUGUCAUCCGCAAAAUAAUCAGCACGAACAAGGCCCCAAAACCGGUGGCCCCUUACAACCAGGCCGUCCUCUUGGAUAAAACCUUGUACGUGUCGGGGGUUUUGGGGUUGAAUAAAGACACCAUGAAGCUGGUGGAUGGGGGCGCGGGGGCUGAGGCCCGCCAAGCCUUGCAAUCCCUCGGCCACAUCCUGGAAGAAGCCGGUUCUUCCUUCGAAAAGGUGGCAAAAACCACAAUCUUCCUCAAUAACAUUGAUGAUUUCGGGGCUGUUAACGACGUUUACAAAGACUUCUUUACCAAGAAUCACCCAGCGAGGUCUACUUUCCAGGUCGGCAAAUUGCCAAUGGGGGCCAAAGUCGAGAUCGAAGUCAUCGCAGCCGUGGGGGAUGUCACACAAAUACCAUCUAAAAUCUAAUCUUUUUUAUCAUUUUAAUCACAUUCAUUAAAAUAAAAUUCUUCUUCGUUUGUAAUUGUUUAUUUUCGUUACCAUAGUGACGCCCGAUGUUGGGCGCUCAAUUUAAAUAAUUUCGGCGGAGUUUUUCAAUAAUUGUUUUUUUUCGUCAACUUGACCGAUUAUAAAAGAUUGUUAACAAAAUGCAAUAAAUAGGUUUCAAUAAAAAAAUUAAUAUUU